CCGCACCGAACGCUCCAGCGCUCAAAAACACACCGAACAACAAAAAACAAGCCCACAAAAAUAAAAUACAUACAAGCGCCAAGUGCGUGAGUGAACUUUUUUUCCUGUGUACGUGUACGUGUACGUGUGCGUGUGUUCGCCAGCUGCCAUGAGAGUGUGCGAUAAAUAGAAACUUGGGAACUCCGACUCUUUUCGAAAACAAACUCAGAACCCAAACAAUCGUUCAGUGCAAAAGUUCCGUCGGCAAAAUGCAGGCCACCAAGAUGCGAACGCCCUUCGCCAUCCAGGAGAUUUUGGGACUGGGCGCCUACCAGCAGCAGAACAGCGCCAGUGCCACGCCCUCGGAGGCGCCGCCCUCGCCGGCAGCCACGCCCCCGCCCACCGCGAGUACGCCCGCCAACGGCUCGAUAUCCGCCGGACAACAGCAGCAACAACAGCAGCAGCAGCAACAACAGCAGCAGCAACAGCAACAGCAGCAGCAGAUGGACGGCCUCAGGGACUCCCGAUCCAUAUCGCCGGACGUGUCCAGAUUGUCGGCGGCUGCUGCAGCCGCGGCGGCGGCGGCCGCCCACUGCCAACUGCCCGUCUUCAACCCGGCCAACUUCUACGCCGCCGCCGGAUACGCCGCUGCAGCGGACCCUGGCAACGCGGCGGCCGCCCACCACCACCACAUGACCACCUUGGCGGCGGCCGCCUAUCUCCGGGGAUUCCUGCCCCCCGGUUUCAGCACGCCCCACGAGUUCCGGGGACACUUCCAGCAGCACUUCGGCGCCCAGUUUGCAGAACAAGCUGCCGCCCGAGGACAGGAGUAUGCCAGCAGUUUGGCCAAUGCCAGCGGUGACGAGCAGUCGCCCAGCAAAAAUAGCAGUUCAUCGGGCAACGGGUCCGGAGGAUCGGGAACCGGUUCCGGGGGUUCCGGAUCGGGAGGCGCCAAUCAGACCUCCAAUGGCCUGGGACAUUUGGGCUCGCCAACGGCCAGCAACGGUGGUUCCGCCGUGGGAGCCGGAAUAAGUGGAUCGGGCGGAGCUUCUGGCACCUCCGGAAGCACCUCCACAUCCGCUGGAAACGGCGGAAACUCCGGCAACCGCUCUUCGCCCGCUGGUGCGCAUCACUCGGCCGCCCUGGCCGCCCACCAACAUGCAGCGGCUGCUGCGGCCGCCGCUCAUCAUCAUGCCGCAGCGGCCGCCGCCGCCCAUCAUGCCCACCACGCCCACGCCCAGGCACACGCUCACGCCCACGCCCAUGUCCACGCCCAUGCCGCCCACGCUGCCCAUGCUGCCCAUGCCCAUGCCCAUCAUGCCGAGGCGUUCUUGGGGGCUGCUGGCGGACCUGGAGGUAAUCCCAACAGCCUGCUAGCCGCCCAUGGCGCGGAUGUCCUGGUUGGCCCCGGCGGAACGGGCCCCGGGGGAAAGAAGAAGAACAAGCGGCGUCAUGGCAGGACGAUCUUCACCAGCAGCCAGCUGGAGGAGCUGGAGAAGGCCUUCAAGGAGGCCCACUAUCCGGACGUGAGUGCCCGCGAACUGCUGUCCAUGAAAACCGGCCUGGCCGAGGAUCGCAUUCAGGUGUGGUACCAGAACCGCCGGGCCAAGUGGCGUAAAACCGAGAAGUGCUGGGGCCACAGCACCAAAAUGGCGGAGUACGGUCUCUACGGGGCGAUGGUGCGGCACUCGCUGCCCCUGCCGGAGACAAUUAUAAAGUCGGCCAAGGAGGACGAGUCGGUGGCUCCCUGGCUGCUGGGCAUGCACAAGAAGUCCCUGGAGGCCGCCGAGCUGCUAAAGAGCGACGAGAGCGACCGCGAGACCCCGACCUCGGACGACACGAACACCAGCUACUCCGCCGGAAGCACCCACAACUCCCCGAUCUCAAGCUUCUCGAUCUCACGGCUGCUCUUCGACGCACCCCCACCAGCGGCGGGUUCCGCCGGGGGCAAGGGGCACCACCACCACCACAAGGGGCACCACCACGCCCACGUUCACGCCCAGGCCCAGGCGCACGCCCACAUGUUGUUGCACCACCAGCAGCACCACUUGCACGGCGGAGAGCCCUCGCUGAAGCAGCAGCAGCAGGUGGCCGGGACAGGAUCGGCUGGGCCGCCGGCCCACCACCCCUACAACCAGCAGCAGCACCUGCACCACCUGCAGCAACUGCAGCAGCAGCAACAGCAGCAGCAGCAGACACAGCAGCAGCAGCACCACCACCACCAGGUGCACCACAUGCACCACCACAAUGCAGCCGGCUACGCCGAGGCCGCAGUGGCUGCAGCAGCAGCCGCAGCAGCCGUUGCUGCAGCAGCAAACGCGCGGAACGCAGCGGUGGCCGUGGCCUCCGCGUCCUCCGCCGUGACCAUCGCCGAGUCCGAGGCGGAGGAGGAGCAGGACGACAUCGAGGACAUGGAGCUGGACAAGGACUGCGAGCUGGAGGAGGACGUGGAGCCCGUGGACAACGACAACGAAGGGGAUGUGGACGCGGACCCCGAGAUAGACAUCUGCGACGACCACGACGAGGAGGUGGGUCUGCAGGAGCAGCUCCUGCUGAAAGUCAAGCAGGAGCAGGCCCACCACGGACCAAGAUGAAACAUGUACAUCGACGUGUUGUUCUAAGGACAACGGUAAACAUACAGGAUUCGAAACACAUCCGGCUAAAUGCAAUGAACGUUUUCUAAGCAUAGACGAGCUUUUUGGUCUGGGUUGUGUGCUGUACUCAAAAUGUUUUCAAGACAAACGUCAAAACAAUUUUUGGUCUUCAGGCAAAACACACAGCCCAGGCUAAAAACCUUAAAUUAAAGGCAUUACAUUCAUAACAAACGAAAAACAAAAACCUAAACUUAAAGCCAACAACAAUUUUUUUUCAUACACCUAAGCUGCACACGUAAUUAAUCUAUAUAUAAUAACAUAUAAUCUCUCAUUUUUUAGUGUAAAUAUUAAAUUAUUACAAAUAUGAAAGAAAAACACAAGACAUUAGCGCGUAAAAAGAGCUGCAACGAUUUGCAAAAUUUUUAAAAUAUGCUAAAUGUGAUUUAAUUUAGUUGUCAAUUCUAAACAAGGCUUUUUAUGGUUUAAGACUUUUUUUUUGCCUAUUACAUUUAGUGAUUUUUUUUAACUGAACUUUCCUCCUGUAUAAAAUGUACAUACCAAGUCAAAAUUCAAUCAAUCCAUCAACGUAUAUGUACACGUGCUACAACCUGAAACGUAAAACAGUCCACUGCCUCUGGCCCUAAUAUUCUCUACUUUUUUCCUUCAUAACUCAAAUUUUUUGAAACAAAAACGAAAAUACAUAAGAAACAGCAAAUUGUGUAAUUAAUUAAAAAACAAAACAAAUCCACAUACAAUACACAUACUUAUAUAUGAAAGUUAGAUGAA